AUGAGCCCCUCACGCCAGGUCUACUUGCUCCCUUUGAAGGAUGAUGGCUCUCCCGACGUACCCGGUGGCUACCUUUAUCUGCCGCCUCCAACCGAAUCCGGCUAUGUGCUGCGAUUCAUCAUUGAGGGCACCAGCUCCAUCUGUCGACAGGGAAGUCUAUGGGUGAACAUCCCCGAGGAGGGCAAGGACUUCGAUCGCCAUUCUUUCCGGGAGUUCAGAUUGCAACCCAAUUUCAACGAGAACAUUCAAAUCGACAUCUCAGUGAACAGUGCUGGCUCUUUCGCCUACUACACCACUUUCUCCCCAUUGCCAGAUUUCUCCGUCGAGUCUGUGCCUACGCCAGAGCCUACGAAGACCCCUAUUCAUUACAUAGAUGUCUCCCCGAGGCUCACCCUCCAGGGAAAGGACCUGCCGCUCAAUGCGCUCUCGAUUUUCUCGGUCAUCUCCAAGUUCAUGGGCGAGUAUCCCAGUGAUUGGGAUGGUCAUCUCCACGGAAUAAGCCAGCGGAACUACAACAUGGUCCAUUUUACGCCACUCAUGCAACGCGGGUCUUCCAAUUCGCCCUACAGUAUAUUUGACCAACUAGCAUUUGAUCCUGCCUUCUUCCCCAACGGAGAGACCGAUGUCGCAUCGCUUGUUUCGCGCAUGGAAAAGGAGUACGGUCUAUUGACUCUGACUGAUGUUGUUUGGAAUCAUACUGCGAACAACAGCAAAUGGCUGGAGGAUCACCCUGAAGCAGGUUACAGUGUGGAGACUGCGCCCUGGCUGGAGGCUGCACUCGAACUUGAUACAGCACUGUUGAAGUUUGGCGAUGAUCUUGAAAGCCUAAACUUGCCAACAGAAUUCCCAUCAGCUGAUGAUCUGGUCAAGGUGAUGCAGGCCUUGCGCAAAGAUGUCAUUGAUGGAAUCCGCUUGUGGGAGUUCUAUGUUCUUGAUGUGAAGACUGACACGAAGAACAUCUUAGACGCUUGGGCUAACAAGAAGGCCGAUGGAGCUGCUAUUGAAGGCUCCUUGAAGCAUUUCAAGAACAUUUCAGUCCAGGAACAAGCCGAUGUCAUUCGUGAACACGGUAUCCCUACCUCGGACCGCGUUCUUGGACGGUUCGGGCGUGCAGUCGACCCGGCCCUCGGAGCCGCCGCACUCACGGUACUUCAUGGCGACCAUGACCAGGCUAACGUUGCUGAAGCCGAAGCAUCUCUGGCCAAGUUUCUCGAUGCAGUCAAUGUGCCGUUUUACAAAGAGUUCGAUGCGGAUGUCGCGGUCAUCAUGGAUCAGCUCUUCAACCGUAUCAAGUAUCUCCGCAUCGACGACCACGGCCCCAAGAUGGGACCAGUGACCAAGGACAGCCCUCUUAUCGAGACGUACUUUACUCGUCUACCUCUCAAUGAGACCACCAGGAAGCACAGUUCUAAAGCUCUUGCUCUCGUGAAUAAUGGCUGGAUUUGGAAUGCUGAUGCCAUGCGGGACAAUGCAGGACCGGACUCCAAGGCAUAUCUUCGUCGUGAGGUGAUUGUCUGGGGAGACUGUGUCAAGUUGCGCUACGGAAACUCACCCAAGGAUAGUCCAUUCCUCUGGGACUUUAUGACCCGCUACACGCGUCUGAUGGCGAAGUAUUUCUCGGGAUUCCGCAUUGACAAUUGUCACUCCACGCCGCUUGUUGUCGCUGAGUAUUUGCUGGAUGAGGCCCGCAAAGUGCGGCCAAAUUUGACGGUCUUUGCCGAGCUCUUCACGGGCUCGGAGGAGGCUGAUUACGUUUUCGUCAAGCGUUUGGGUAUCAAUGCUCUGAUCCGCGAAGCCAUGCAAGCUUGGAGCACUGCGGAACUGAGUCGCCUUGUUCAUCGCCACGGUGGCCGUCCCAUCGGAAGCUUCGAUGUCGAUUUGCCAUCUGCUGGAAGCAGCCACGCCAUUGCCUCAGCGAAGACCGGAGAUGCGAAUGAGAAAAUCACUCAUAUCCGUCCGUUGCCUGUUCAAGCUCUGUUCAUGGACUGCACCCACGACAAUGAAGUCCCUGCUCAGAAGCGUGAUGCCAGAGAUACUCUUCCAAAUGCUGCGCUCGUGGCCAUGUGUGCUUCGGCCAUUGGUAGUGUCAUGGGCUACGACGAGAUCUAUCCUAAGCUCGUUGAUCUGGUGCAUGAGACUCGUCAGUACUCAUCUCCGUUUUCCGGAUCGCAAAGCUUGGAGGUCGGGUCUGGAGAUGGCAUUGGAGGUGUGAAGAAGCUGUUGAACGAGCUUCAUACGAUGAUGGGUGUUGAGGGUUAUGACGAAACACACAUUCAUCACGAUGGGGAAUAUAUCACUGUCCAUCGUGUUCACCCCAAAACUAGAAAGGGAAUCUUCCUGAUCGCACACACCGCAUUCCCAGGUAAUGAGAGUGGUGCCAUUUUGGCUCCCACUCAUAUCACUGGUACCCAAGCCAAGCAUCUCGGUUCGUGGGUUUUGGAGGUUGAUGCCGGCGAUGAUGCCAAAGGAAAAGCUCUAGCCGACGAGAAGAUCCUCAGGGGUCUACCGGGUAAAACUCGCGAUAUAGAUGCAUCCAAGAUCGAGGGAGACGGAAAGGACGUGACUCUUUUCGUGCUCGAGACCCUUGUGCCUGGAUCCAUCGCUCUCUUCGAGACCUGGAUCCCAGGCACGGAACAUGCGAAGGGAUUGGACAACUUCCUCUCUAGCGGAGCCGAUGAGGCAUUCUCUGGACUGAGUCUGAUCGAUUUGAACUUCGUACUUUACCGCUGCGAUGCUGAGGAACGAGACUCGAGCGGUGGUCAGGAUGGCGUGUAUGCCAUUCCUAAGAGUGGGCCUCUCGUAUACGCUGGUCUUCAGGGUUGGUGGAGCAUCCUCGAGGACAUCAUCAAAUACAACCAGCUUGGUCACCCGCUUUGCGACCACCUUCGUGAUGGCCAAUGGGCUGUAGACUACCUUAUUGGCCGCAUGGAGAAGGUCGCCUCUAAGGAUGGAUUUGCCGCUCUACAGAAGCCGGCCUCUUGGCUGCGUGAAAAGUUCGACGCUGUCCGCGGACUACCCAACUUCUUACUUCCUCGAUACUUUGCCAUCAUUGUUCAGGUAGCUUACAACGCAGCAUGGAAGCAGGCUAUUCACCAGUUCAGUGAUAACGUGCGCCACGGUCAGGAGUUCAUACACCAGUUGGCGAUGGUCAGUGUUCAGCAGACCGGCUAUGUGAACUCGGCAUCUUUGUGGCCCACUAAGCAGGUUCCUAGUCUUGCGGCGGGCUUGCCUCACUUUGCCGUUGACUGGGCUAGGUGCUGGGGUCGUGAUGUUUUCAUUUCGAUUCGUGGUCUCUUCCUUUGCACUGGUCGAUUUGACGAAUGCAAGGAGCACAUUCUUGCAUUUGCAAGCGUCCUCAAGCACGGCAUGAUUCCCAAUCUUCUCAGCAGCGGCAAGCUGCCCCGUUACAACUCGCGUGACUCGGUGUGGUUCUUCCUGCAGGCAAUUCAGGAUUACACCAAAAUGGUUCCCAAUGGAAUUAGCAUCCUGCAGGAGAAGGUUCCUCGCCGUUUCUUGCCGUAUGAUGAUACCUGGUUCCCAUUCGACGAUCCCCGAGCUUAUUCUCAGUCUCCUACCGUUCUGGAAGUCAUUCAAGAAGUUUUCCAACGCCACGCUCAGGGCAUGUCCUUCCGGGAAUACAACGCAGGUCCUGAUCUUGACGUUCAGAUGAAGCCUGAAGGAUUCCAGAUCGAUAUCAAGGUUGACUGGGAUACUGGAAUUAUCUUCGGUGGUAACCAGAACAAUUGCGGUACUUGGCAAGACAAGAUGGGAGAGAGCCCGAAGGCUGGGAACAAGGGUGUCCCUGGUACACCCCGUGAUGGUGCUGCCAUUGAGAUUACUGGUCUUCUCUACAGUGCCCUUUCGUGGGUCACGAAACUCAAUGAGUCCAAGACCUACCCGCACGCUGGUGUCGAUAUCGGCGAUGGAAAAUCGAUCACUUUCAAGGAGUGGGCCGGUAAGAUCAAGGAAAACUUUGAACGGUGCUACUAUGUCCCCCUUGACCCCAAGGACGAUGCCCAGUACGAUGUGGAUGCCAACAUCGUCAACCGACGUGGGAUCUACAAGGACUUGUACAAGUCCGGUAAGCCCUUUGAGGAUUACCAGCUUCGGUCCAAUUUCCCGAUCGCCAUGUCCGUGGCACCGGAGCUCUUCACUCCCGAGAAAGCCCUCACUGCCCUCUCCAUCGCUGACUCUGCAAUCGUCGGCCCCGUUGGCAUGGCCACGCUGGACCCAUCGGACCUCAACUACCGCCCUUACUACAACAACUCGGAAGACUCGACUGAUUUCGCAACCUCCAAGGGCCGCAACUAUCACCAAGGCCCCGAGUGGGUCUGGCAACGAGGCUACUACCUUCGCGCCUUGCUGCACUUUGAUCUCCUGCGCCGCAAAACACCCGAGGAGCGAAUCGAGUCGUUCCAGCAAGUCACUCGUCGCCUGGAUGGCUGCAAGAAGGCUUUACGUGAGAGCCCAUGGAAGGGACUGACGGAGUUGACGAACAAGAAUGGCGAGCACUGUGGUGAUUCGUCUCCCACUCAAGCCUGGUCUGCCGGUUGUCUGCUCGACGUUUACUAUGAUGCUGCGAAGCUUACUUAG